GGUUUCGAUUUUAACGGUCGCCGGCCAGGUUAAGUUUGUCAAAGAUCAGGUCGACGAGAUUUCACCUGAUCCGCGCGUCCCUGAGUCGCCUCCUUUUUGCAGAAUGAGCCGAGAGGACACAUUUACAUCAAUGCUGACAGAGUUCAGAGGCCCUGAGAUGGGCUUCUUCAACCGGGCCAGGAAAAGCGGCUUUCCAACUCCUCUGGACAACACCGUCUCGUACGACGGGUCGAAAAGCACGCCGAAGAGGCCGUUCGACGACACAGUGCUCAACAUCAACGAUUCCAUCAUAAGAAAGAAGAUGAGGAAGUCUCUCGAUGAUUCCAUCAUCUCGAGCGAGUGCGAACAGGAUGGAUUAUGCGAUACGCCAUGGGAAAUAAAACACUUGUCUUCCGAACUUUCCCAAGCGCGUGCCGAAAUCAAAGCGCUCGAGACGAACAUCUCGCAACUCCAUGGUGUCAGGCGUGAAGCUGAAGUCCUAUUCGAGAACGAAAAGGCUUCGCUUAAGGCGUCGCUAGAUCGCGAACGAUGCACCGUGAAAGAAUUGGAAAGACGGAUCAAAAUAAUGAAACGCAGGGAAGAGAAACUCCACGGCCAACUACAAACGGCCAUGUCCAAGGUGAACACAGACCGACAAGACUACGAGCAGAAAGCUGUCGAAAUCCAGGAGGAAAACAUGAAUCUGAAAGAAGAAAUUCAGAACUUAGAUAAGGACAAGAAAGAAAAUGAGUUAAAACUCAAAGUGGCAAAAAUGACUUCAGAAAAGCUAGAAAAUGAACUUCAAAUUGUAAAAGAGCAGCUUGAAUCAAUGGAAAAACAAAUGACAGAAAUGAGAAAUUGUAUCAAAGACUUUGAAAUUAACAAAGCUGCUCUUACCAAUGCCGAGCAUAGAAUAAAAGAGUUGGAAAGUGAAAUAAUUUCUCAAAGUGAGACAGCCGCUGUUAUAAAAAUUCAGCAGUCGAAACUGUCCAAGUAUGGUGAGCUUGAGAGACAGCUUAAAUCUCUAACACAACAAAACAACAAGCUCAGAGAGUCGACAACGAAUUCCUUUUAUCUCGAGUCUGUCGUCGAGGAGCUGAAAAUCAAAUUGGAAAAGAUGGACGAAUGCGAGAAAAAGCUCGUCCAGUCGAAUGUCAAGCUCAGCACGCUAGAAGGCCAGCUCAAUGAAUUCAAACGGUUGAGCAAGGACGUAUCCGGGGCUGGCUCGUCGGCCGAUGAACUUUCAAGCUAUAUUCGCCACCUGCAGGCCAACAGCCUCGUCAACUCAAGCCAAAUAUCUCAACUCAAAUCAAAGGUAAAAAGCCUGGAAGAAAUGGCUCAAGAGUCUAACAACAAAAUAGAAAGCCAAAAGACAGAAUUGGCGGAUUUGAAGAAGGAGCUCGACACGUGCAACCUGAACCUUAAACGUCUCAGGAAACAAAACGCCCUGAUAACUUGGGAAAGAAAUGAUCUGAGAAGCCUCAUAGAUUCCUGUCAAAAAGAAGUGACAAUCGGAAGUUUGCACGACCCCAGGGUUGAAGCCCUUGAGAAAUUGGUGUCAAGCUACAGAAACAAACUGCAGCAGAUCGAAUCCAGCCCUAAUAUUCUAUCACUGCCUGGACCAUCGUCUGAGGUCAAAAUUGAUAUGGCUGAGUUUGAAAAGUUAAAAACAGAAAAUCAAAGUCUAAAAGAAAAAGUAGAUAAAUUUGAGUAUGAAAUUGCCCACAGAGCGCUCAAGGGUGAUUUUAGCAACAUGAACACUAAAAUUUUGCAUUUCAAGAACAAUCCUCUUUCUGAGGCCGUAUCAAAACAAGAGAGCGAGAUCGACGUGCUCCGCAAGGAGAACAUCGAGCUUAAAGAAAGACUGAGGUUGAUGAAGGAAGGCGAAUCGAACAUUACGCAAAACCUCGCUGGAAUAAUCGACACUGAUAUAUCAAAGACGCUUCAGGAGACGAAGGAAAAGGUGAAAAGUCUCGAAAUGCAGAACCAACGCUUGAAGGAGGCGUUUAAGAAAAGCAUGCACGAUUUCCGCGAGGCGAUUUUCUCAAUUUUCGGCUACCAGAUCGACGGCCUUCCGAACAAGAUCUUCAGAGUGACCAGCCUUUAUGCCGAAUCGCAAGAACAUCAUUUAUUAUUUAAGAAGUCAAAUUCUGGAGAGAUGGAAAUGCUUGAAACUGAAUUUUCCAAGACGCUGUCCGAAUUAAUAGACUUGAUUCUAAUCCAGCACAAUUCGAUUCCUGUUUUUCUCGCCUCCCUUACAAUAGAUUUAUUUAAACGCCAAACAAACUGUGUACUUGACUCAGUAGUACAACAUUAAUUUUUAAGUAAAACAAAAGAAAAAAAAUUAACUGACUUUAUAUCUUUUAUUGAUUUGUAUAUAUUGU